GCCAUUUUGGCUAAAGAAGAGUCGAACAAUCAGUAGAGAAGCAACAAACCUCGAAGUUACAGCCCACGAUCGGACUUCUAGUCCGUAAACACAUCAAGAAGAUAUGGAGGUAAUACAACUAGUUGUUUCGAGUGUUAUAUUUCCAUAUGCAGCCUUGUUUACAGUUGAAUUUUACGUAUCUAUUUUUUUGUUGUCGACGAGUUUUAUAAAUUUACCGUUUUAUCGGUGUAUACUGUUUCAGACGGACAAAAAAUCUCAAGAUCUUAAAGAAAAGCCAGCCAUCGAAGAAAAUGCCUUUGAAGCUCUUGAGAGAGAUUUUCAGGAGGUUUGUAUCGAGAGAAAAACUCGAUUUUUUUUGUCCCUGAGUCGAAGUUUUAAUGUAGCCAGUUCUACAAUGCAAGAAAAAAAGGUAAUUAAUUUCUUAUCUUUCACGUUUAUAGGUUCUCGGGGAACUCAUGGGAGAUAAGAGUCUUGAAAAGUUUCGCGUAGAAUAUGAAAAGUUGCACAGAGCAUUGAAAAAGUCCCACGAAAGUGAGAAACGUUUGAUGCAAAAAUGCAGAGAGUUAAAUGCAGAGAUUGUGGCGAACGCCUCGAAAGUUCAAACAGCUUUGAAGCUCUCUCAGGAAGAUCAGACCACGAUCGCCUCACUAAAAAAGGUAAACAUACGUAAAUAUGCAGGUAGCAGGAAAAAAAAUACAACAAAGAAGUUAAAAUAUCAUUUAACCGCUUGAUAAUUUUCACAAGUCUGCUGUAGCUCAAUAGUAGAGCAUUCGAAGUACUUACAGCAAGGUUGUUGGUUCGAUUCCCAUUUGGCAGCACUCAGAGAUAUUUUUUCCGAGUAUGUCGGUGUCAUUCACUCCCUAACGACAACUUUAGACUAGCAAGCAUAGAGCGAUACAAUAUCGUAAAAGAAAUAAAAUCGAUAGAAUGGAAAACAGAGUAUCUACACUACUCGUCACUAAAUUACUUAAGGUCUUGUGAAGACUACAUGUAGAUCAAUGGGGUCGUAAAAUUCAGACUAUACUCAAUUGGUCUGAUCAGAGCUGAUACCGUGAUUGGUUGGUUCUUCAACUCCUGUUUGCUUAAUUCAAUAAUAUAGUUAAUGUUGUCUAUGUUGUCAUGCACCUGUUAACCCUUUACAGUCCCAAACAUCAAUAUGCAUAUUCUCCAUGCUGUUCUCUAUACACUUCCCAAGUUGCUGACAAGGAUUAGCUUAAAGAACCAGAGCUUCUGUAGUUUUUGAUCAUUUUCAUUAUUCUUAUGACCUUAGUGCAUGAUUCAGGGGAGAUAUUGUAAGGAGAAAUUAGAUGCUAAUCACUCAUAGGGGUUUAGGGUUAAGUUAUAGAUCACAGAAGAUACCAAAAUGUGGGAAGAACAAAAAAGUAGCACACAAGGUGAAGCAGAGUGUGAUGCUGAUUUUCCUACCAGAUUUCCUUGUUUGUUUUUGUAAUAAUUAUUACUAUACAAACCUAUAGCAACUUGGAAUUUAUUUGUUUUAUAUGUUAUAAAAAACUAAAUGCUAUUGAUACAUAUAUGUGUCUGUCCUCCAAUAGAUCAUUAGUAAGAACCAAUCAGAAUGUGUAUAUAAAUUAGCUUAUUUUAUAACUGUUAGUGGAUCAUGAGUGUUAGGGUUAUAAGUGGAAUCAGAAUAAAAUGGGAUCAUUCUCGUUCUCCCAACUCCAAUUUGAUCUUGUUUAUGACUCUGCUAUAACUCUAAUGUUCAAUUUUCACAUGUUUGGGCAAUGCUAACUAUCACUCAGCCUCUGACUCAGUCAUUAGGGAUACCAAAUUUGAAGUUUUUUCCAAGAAGACAGCUAAAAAGCAUAUAAUAUAUUUGCUUCCUUUAGUUUACUUCAUAGCUAACAAGAGAAUGUUGUUAGGGCUUGGAUAAGGGAUUAGUUUGUCUUCAUUAAAUGUAAUGUUUGUAAUGUUUUACUUAAUUUUUUUUUGGUAUUUGUUAUUGUUGCUGUUUAUUUAGGAAAUAGAGAAGGCAUGGAAAAUGGUGGAUGCUGCUCAUGAUAAAGAACAGAGAGCAAGGGAGACAAUUCAGUCUUUGAAACUUGAAAUUGCAAAUCUCAGCAAACUUGUAGAGCAAGGAGCUGGUUUGACCAUGGGUCAGGAUCAUAGGUAAGAUUAAUAUGGAAAUUCCCCUCUUUACUGCAAUACUUUAUACAGCAAAUAAUUAAUAAGUAUAAAUAGGUAAAUCAGGUAAAGGUUCUUACCUUGAUCUUAUAGUCUGGUUUUCGUUAGCAAUGCAAGCACAAACACAAGCACAAAUGUAAGUACAACAGCUCACCAUGAAAACAGCCUUGAUGCAAGCACAAGCACAAGCAAAAGCAUAAAGAUAAAUAAAUUUUUCCUUUUUCUUGUGCUUUUCUUAAUAUUUGUUUUCAUUUGGCAUAUAAACCUUAUGCUUGCAUUUGUGCUUGGGUUGUCAAUGAAAACCAAGCUUAAAGGAGAGGGUUAGAAUUUUCAAAAGAGUACAAACCAUACAUUGUUCUAUGUGAUGGUCAAUUGAAAGAAUAUAACCUAAAAAGUAGCAAUGAUAUUUCACAGUAGUAAAGAUAAAUUGGAAUAGCCAGAUGCGUUAUCAUUUUAGUUCAGAUUUAGUGUGCUUGCACCACAUUAACACAUGGCUUAAUAUGAUUUACUUGGAAAAUCCUACUAGGUCUUGUAGCAUUGAGUCCACAGGCUCAUUACAUUUGUUUGAAUUUGUAGCUCUUGGGUAAAGCUCACUUUUCUCACUCAUAAUUACUGAUUUAUAAUUGUAUGACAAUAACUCAAAUGAGUGGCUUCAUCUCUUGAAGUGUGAAUGAGCUGCUUAAAAUCAAGGAUGAGUUGACAAAGGAAAGGGACGAUAAGCUAUCUGAAAUUUCUAAGGUAAGGGUUUUUUCUCUUUUACACAGCCUAAUAAGAUACAUAAAAAAAUUACUCAGUUCUGAUUGGUUAACAUAAAAUUAUGCAGUUUUCAGGUAAUUCAAUGCAGAAAAGGGUUAAUUCAAUGCUCGUGCAAUUUUCUUAGUCUUUGAAAAAAUUUAUUUGUGCUUGUUUAUUCCAGAGUGCAUGCCAAAUCAUGUGAUCACCUAUACUAAUUCUGAGACAGUCCAAAAUUUCCUUUGUAGCUCUAUCCUGGGAGAAAAAGGAGCGAAAGCAAGCAACCUUGCUCCAUCUGGAAACCACAAAACUGUUUAGAGUGCCCUUUUUAAUCAUGGCUUUUUUUGUUUUACAUAGUUGAGGGAAGAAUUGUCAGGUGCAACUACAAAACAACAGAAAGCUGAACAAGACAGAGAAGAGGCUGAGAUGAAGAUUGCAGAGGUGGGUUGAUUUAAAACAAUGAAUUUUUACAAGUCAGCAAUUUUCUUUCCUUAGAUUUCAACCAAGUAUACCAUGUUCAUGCAUUAAUUUAUUAUGUGCAGUCUAAUAAAUUUGCAAAGUUUAAGAAAAAUAAUUUUCUAAAUCCUUAGAAGUGAUGGAUCUGGAUGUCCUUUUGAAGUUGCAGAAUUUGUCCAACUUGGGUCCCUUAUAAAAUCCUUAUGUCUACUAAAUAUACUCAUGAAACUUGACAAAUUUAAUGAUAUUUGUAUGAUUAUCUGAGCCAAAGGGCUGAUUGAAAUGUAUUAGUGAAAAGUUGGAAGCAUGAUAUCCACUAAAGGGGUCCAUUAGGUUUUGAGAUUGAUCAAAGACAGGUUUUCAUUUUUACCUUUUAGAUAAAACCAUGUGUGAUUGUUGUUUCUCCUUCAGCUCAAGGAAGAUAUUCAGGUGCGAAGUAAUGAAGCCCAGCGAGAAGCUAGGAAAAAGGAGAAAAUUGAAAAGGAGUUGAAACAAGCAAAGAGUGAUUUGGAAACUAGAACUGCUGAACUGAAAACAAAGGCUGGGAAUCUUCAACGAGCACAGGAAGAUAUCACCAAGCUUGAACAGCAACUUAAAGAACAGAGGGUAAAUUUGUCUCUAGUUUAUAUUUAAUUGUUAUUUGUCAUAAAACUCUCAUAAUCUUGUGUCAAAAUUUGAGCAGUGAAAUACAAAAAGCCUUCCCUUAACAAGUAAUGGCUGAAAAGCUAGUGGACUUAGAUGAGACUUACUUAUGUUAUAUUAUUACUAGUUGUUGAUUAUAUUUUGCUUUGUUUUUUUAGAUCUUGAAUGAAAAAGCCAUGAAGGAUACAGACUUAUUGAAUGCUCGCCUUACAAAAGUCCAGCAAGACUAUGAUCAACAACUUCUUAGCUGUGAUCAGCUGGCCACAGAAAACACGCAGAAAGCUGCAGAGUUGAAGGCUAAGGAAGAUGAAAUUAAUGCACUGAAACAGGACACAGUACGACUUACAAAAAUGAGAGAAGCCAUCCAGAGGAAGCUGAGAACCAUCGAGGAUCAGAAAAUGGAGGUUGAGCAGCAGAAGGAAACUCUUAAAGGACAGAUUGCUGGCUUGGAAAAAGGUCCGAGGAAUGAUGGCUUGAUGGAUUUAGUGAUUUUGUUGGUUGAAACUAGACAGAUCUCAUAUAUAUAUAUCUAGCUUUCAUUUUUCCUCAGGUCUAAGUAGGCCUUAAAAAGCAAAGUCACAGCCUUAAUUAUGGCUUUUCUGUAGUUUGAGGGUCUAGCAAUACUGACAAGGUCAACUACAAAUUGCGGCUUUUUCCAAGUAUUAUCCUGUUGCAUAGGUUAUCUUUGUUGUGUGAUUAGCAUUAACCUGAGCUACAAGGCCAUUUUACAGUUGUGAACUUAGUUGUCAAGCCUUUGAUUUGGAGUGAGGCUGAAGGUGACCUUGUUGUGGUAGAGACCAGUAUCUAGUUAGCAUGAUGACAAAGUAAUUUGCAUUUGAAAAGCAGCAACUGAAGGUAAUUUUAUCAUAACAAGGUCAACCUUAGCCUCACUCCUGUCUAAAGGCUUGGCACACAACUGUAAAAUGGACUGAAGAAGCUUUUCAGGCUUUGAUCCCGUGUCUUCGAGACACUAGUUGGGUGCUGCUACCAACUGAGCUACGAAGCCACACGCUGGGAGCAGGGCACAUUUUAAAGGAUUCUUCUUUCUCGUGGAGGAAUCUGAUCAUAAUUUUCUUUCAUAAACGUUAUUUCAUUAAAAAUUAUGAUAAUUAUUGUGUAUUCACUCUUUUAGAUUUGUUCUUUUUUACUGUAUAAACCAUUCUAUUCUUUUGUCUCCAUCAGAACUUGAAUCAAGCAAAAAACAAGCCGAGGCGGAUAAAAAAGCGAUUGAUGAUCUCGUCCGUGAAAGGGACAUCCUUAACAAGGUACUUUACCCUUAAAAUCUGUCAAACCCUAAAUGUCAGGUUGUGAUUUUGAAUCACUGUUUGAUUUUUAAUUGAUAUUUGUUAUAUCUAAUAAUUGCAAAUCAUUUUUUAUUAUUAUUUUUAGAAUCUGUUGAAAGCAGCCGGUGCAACCCAGAAGCAACUUGGUCUUGUGCGGUUACACGAGCAAACCAAGAAGAACUUGGAGCAAGAGAUUCAGGUGGGAGCACUGUCAGAAACUCACUUUUGAAAUAUUUUCUGGUCUUUUUAGGAGGCCGUUGGUUUUUUUUUGUUUUUGUUUUUUUUUGUGUGUGUCAAACAUUCUCCAGUUGUAGUCAAGAUACUCAUGUUAGCUUUGUGAACUAAUAAUUUACAUGUUAAUGAUAUUAUGAAUUUUUUUCUUCUCAUUUUUGUGCCAGAAAAUUAACUUGUGAAAAAGGAAAUACCACAAUUUUCAACUUAAGCUGUGUUCGCUAUAGGACACGAAAAAUGUGUAACCAUACGUUCUUUACUGUUAUAGAACUACAAAGAUGAAGCUCAAAAACAGCGCAAGAUUAUCUAUCAACUGGAGAAGGAAAGAGAUCGAUACAUCAAUGAAGCAAGCGAGCUGACUCAGAAGGUUCUACAACACAUGGAGGAUGUCAAGGUCCGUGAGAUGCAGAUCUUCGAUUACAAAAAGAAAAUCGCCGAGGCUGAAACGAAAUUGAAACAACAACAGGUAUGUUUGUAGAGCAUACUAAGUUAAAGUUAACUACUGAUUUUUUUUAAUUUAAUAAAGUAACGCGAAAUUAUGACCUCGAAACCUUGUAAUUUUUUAAGGAAGUUGGGUUCUUCGUUAGAAAGAGUAAAUGAUAAUUGUUUUUUGUUUCACUGAAUUACUGUACUUAUUGAUAAAGAAUAUAUACUUGGCUUGUAAUUUGGUUUGUAUUUUGGAAAUUUGGUUUAAAUUUGUGAAUAAGUGGUGAUAACUACGGGUUAAGGGUAUUUUUUGUUUGUGCUAUGGAAAUGUUCAAGGUUCGCUUAUUCGUGUAACAUCUUCGGGUAAACUAAAGAAAUUAAGGAAAAGUUAGUCUGGAUGAUGUACUUUAAGUCUGCACCGAGCCUGGCAGUGCAAAACAACGAACUCCAAAUAUUUAUUUCUUACAGAAUCUCUACGAAGCCGUCCGUAGUGACCGUAACUUGUACAGCAAGAACCUGAUAGAGUCCCAGGACGAAAUCACCGAGAUGAAACGGAAACUGAAGAUCAUGAACCAUCAGAUCGACCAACUGAAGGAAGAGAUCAUGGCUAAAGAGGCCGCGCUGGUCAAGGAACAUCUGGAGCAUCAGAGGGUGGAGAAGGAGAAGGACGCACUCAAGGCUGAGCUGCAGAGGAUGAAGCAGCAAGCAGCUGAAUCCAAGGCUUAUAUCGAACAGCAGGAGGUUGAAGAGAGGAAGCUACUUAAGAUCAUCUCUGAAGCUGAUGCUGAAAGGCUCCGGCAGAAGAAGGAACUUGAUCAGGUGGGGCUCAUACACAGGCGUUAUUCGGGACUUAUUGUUUAGUCCCCAGUUAUGAUGGACACUACAUUGUUUGUUUUGUUUUGCUUUGUUUUCUUUAUUUUUUUUUCUCCUUACAAUGUUUAAACCCAUUUUACCUAAUUAUUUGAAACCUUGCAUUUCUUAUUCUAGGUAAUAAGCGAGAGAGACAUUUUGGGAACGCAGUUGGUCAGACGCAACGACGAACUGGCUCUACUGUACGAAAAGAUCAAAAUACAACAGUCAACUCUUAACAAAGGUGAGGCUAGUUGUGUUGUCCAUAAACAUUUCUGUCAAUAGUUUACUUCCUUCGUACUUAAAUGAGGUCUGAAACAUCGUAGAACAGGAUGUUACUUUCCCUUGUGGUUCAUCCAUCGGAGCCGAGGUCUUCAAAAGGCAACAACUUUUACCCGGGUGUAGAGUAAAACAUUGUUUUGGUAUAAUUGAUUUGUAUACAGUUUUUAUAUUUACUUUGUUUCCUACCCUUGCCUUACCCUUAGUUAACAACGGUUGACGUCUCGUAUUGUUUUACACAGGCGAAAUUCAGUACCGCCAGAGGUUGGAAGACAUCCGAUUGUUAAAACUUGAAAUUAAGAAACUUCGCCGCGAGAAAAACAUCCUUACAAAGAGUGUAGCGAACGUAGAAGAUUUAAGGUAAGGAUAUCUUUUCCCUUUUUCCUGGAAAUCGAUGAAUCAUGAGUGAGAAAUCUAAGGCGUUCGAAGAAACAUCUGUAGAAAACUUGAUGUUUGUAUGUUUUUGGUUUCGUUUAGGCGAGAGGUGUAUCAUACCCAGCGUGAGCUUCUCAGAGAACGAACCCGAUGCAAGGCUUUGGAAGAAGAACUCGAAAACCCGAUGAACAUUCACAGGUGGAGAAAACUUGAGGUAAUUUAAAGAUAGAGCACUUUUCAACUGUGUGUCGAAAACCGAAACCAAAGUAAUUACAACCGCCAAUCAGAAGAACGAAAAAAUAUCUUUUAAGAGCCAAUGAAAACUCAGAGUGAAAACAACCACACUGUCCAAAGCGCGGGAAAGCGCGGGCGACCAAGCCGUGAUUGAUUGAGAGAGUGUCGCAGUUUUCUGAACCAAUCACAGAGCGAAGUAAAGCAAAACCAAUGCAGAUCCUCGAUUACUUUCGAUAUUCAAUUGACGAUUGCUCUGUUGGUGAAUUUAGUUACAUUUGAAAGCAAGAUCAUUGAACAAUUACCUUUUAUUUCCACAGGGAAGUGAUCCGAGCACGUACGAAAUGAUUCAAAAAAUACAAACUCUACAAAGACGACUUAUACAGAAAACUGAAGAGGUUAGUCAGUGUAAUGUUAUUCUGUUGCGCGUGCAUCCUGAUACAUACUGAUGUUUAAUGGCGCUCUCUACGACGUGAUAAAGUGCUUUUUGGUAGAGUGUUAUACAAGUACAACGAAAGUGAACAUCUCGCCCAGUAAGAACAAAGAGAAGUAUCGCAGAGAACCAGUUAACCAGAGUUAAAACAAGUUAACUGUCUGAAACGCUGAAAAGUGUAAUUGGUUUUAAUUUUGCAUCUGGUUGAUUUAGAGACUGGCACAUCUUUUAUACUCGACCAACGACAUAGUGAACUAAAACAAAUAAAUGUUCUACUGAGUUGUGUUUGAAAGCCAAAUAAAAUUUCCGCGGAUUUGGCGCGAAAAGCAACUUCCUCUCUCGACCCUUCUGAAAACAAACAGCUAUUUCUUAGGAGUUCAUUGGCUUUUGCACCUCUCCGAAACGAAAGCCCUACAGCUAGAUAUUUCACCCCUGGACUUGUUACCUAAGAUUUUACAUGAUGCUAAAAUACUUGCUAAAUCUUCUCAGGUGGUGGAAAAAGAACUCCUUAUCCAAGAAAAAGAGAAGUUGUACAUGGAAUUAAAACAAAUCCUAGCUCGUCAGCCCGGGCCAGAAGUGGCUGAACAACUCAGUAUUUACCAACAAACACUCAAAGAGAAAACAAAGCAGAUGAAAGGAAUGUCAUCUGAACUGAACAUGUACGAGGCACAAGUGAAAGAAUAUAAAUACGAGAUCGAAAGACUAGCUAAAGAACUACAGGAAGUCAAGAAAAAGUUUUACAUGCAGAAAAGAAAAGAACAACAAGCGAGGUAAUAGCAUUUGUUAUUUGACUGUUACAGUGUGUUUCAAAAGACCGCAAAAAACUGUUAGAGGAGAAAUUUUCAAAAAAAGUGAGAGCAAAUUCCAGCUAAAAAAUAUUUUUAAUGCUUGGACGAACCACUUUUCUAAGAUUCCAUCAAAACAACUGGGCGAACAAACAAGGCUGCAUGUUGACGCCGAACGAGAGCUCUGGAGUGUUAGAAAAGUGGUAGUCCACCCAUUAAUUUUUUUUUAAAUUAUUCCUCCAACAGUUUUUUGCGGUCUUUGGUAGAAGAUGCAAUUUUGAUCUGCUUAAUUGCAGCAGCUUUUUUGCAUAGAUCAAACAGUUGUGUUUUUUUUCCUUUGCCGCCAUCACUUCACUGAAUACCUCUCUAACAAAUAGUUUUUCACUCUCCCAUAUUGAAUUUCGAGAGACUUUUGCUCAUUUUCGCUACCACGGCACUUUAUUCUUUAUGCCGAUGAGAGCGACUUCGCACUUAGCCUCGUCCUCAAGCCGUAAUUUCGGUACCAGAUCACUGAAACGAGAGAACUAGGAAGUGGCCUAUUGAGUCUCGUAAACGAAGAUCUGGGAAAGCUCAAUGACCCAUUAGAGAAACGGCAGUAAUCACAAGGAGCUAGUGAGAAAUCAUGGCCAAAAAAGCAAACAAACAAACAGUCUGAAGCGCAGGAAAACGUGAACAACUAGGCGAUUGGUUUUGGUUUUGUAUCUCAUUAUUAAAGAAGAUAGCGCGAGUUUUCACAGAGCUGUUGAGAAGCUCCUGUACUUUAGCUACCCCUCCCUUACUGUUCCCUUUUUGUUCCGCACUGCUGCUCUUACGUCUCGACAGUUUGAGUGUUUAAUUGGAAGAAACCCGUCAAACAAUAGCAUGCAAGGGUGGAAAAUCGCUAUAAAGGCGAGUUAGAGUAAAACGAAAAAGUGACAAAUUAUGUAAUGACCUAUUCAGCUUACAAUUUCCAAGAUGUGAAGCCCUCUGGUUUCGAGCCAGCAAGCGAUGCGAAUGCGAGGUCUGCGAGGGUUUAGAAACCUCUACCAUACGUCUCGCACGCACGCCUCGCUCGCUGGCUCAAAUCUCGAAGGCUUCACUACUGAUGUCGUAACGCUUCGGGACCCUAUUUGCAGGCUUUCUCACUCGUGCCUUGAAUUCAUUCUAAAACUGUGUCAUGUUGUCAUUUCAGGGAAAGAGACAGAGCUUACCAACAGGCCACUGGACCCGCUUUCUCUCCACAAAGAACGGAUGGACCAAGGUUCACUGGUGGUGGUUUUAAUCUGAAGCCUCCUGCGAAGGCCGUAGCAUAAAUAAUCGACAUUUUAUCUGUGAAUAGUGCAAAUAGACUUUCUGGAGUUGUAUAUAACACUUUAAAAAUAACCAUGUCAAAACUUAAAUCUAAAGCACGCAGAUCGAGUGCAAUACACAACUAGCGUCUUGGAGUAUAACACGUUUGUUUGAGAACUGUGGAUGCCUCAAGACUUUUAAGAACACCGAUUCAGGUUAUGCGCAUAUUGUGUCUACUAUGUUUUAAUUGGUUUAUUACUUUUUUUUAUUUCCUGCAUUUAAAAAAGUACAAACAUGGUUUGGGUGAAUAUAUUUUAGAACAAAGCCUC